GGUAGUGUAUCCGGUUGUGGGCAGUCACCGGUUGUGGGCACCCCUAAAUUUUUUUUGACAGAUUCCAAAAAUGGCGAAUCUGAGUAUGAGCGAUUGUGUAUUUUGACAGUCCAUCACUUUCUGCUACAACACCGAAGUGAAAAGACGCGUUUGUUGAUGUUUUACGAAAAUCGGAAAAAAAAUUGGCUAAAAAUUUACUUUGAGAAGAUUUCAGAUUUUUUUUGAAGUGUUAUAAAGUGAAGUGAUAAACAUCAAAAAGCCAUGUCAACUGCGAAAAAGUCAACUGAACCGAAAGCAAUUGAUGUAAAUGCCCUGGUAAAGGCCAUUAAGGAUUGCUUGAUCGACAAGAAGCAAAUCAAAACGACUGCACGGUCCCAUGAUCUUCCUCGUAGCAGUUUGCAACGCUAUCUGAAGAAAGUUGAAGAAAAUUAUGAAGACCUCUCAGCCGUAGCAGAUGAUGAAUUGACGGAAUUUGUUCGUGACUGCGGUCAACGUACGCCAUCUAAUAUGGUUUUCACCACUGCCCAAGAAAAGGAACUUGUCGACUACAUUUUGAAAUGCGUGAACCAUUAUUAUGGCCUGAGCAUAACCGAGUUGCGUGAUUUGGCUUAUCAGCUUGCCAAGAAACUCGCCGUCGACUAUCCGGCGAAUUGGAAUGAAGAAAUGAUGGCUGGUCGUCAUUGGUAUUACAAUUUUAUGCGCCACCACCGUCAGCUUGUGUUGCGUACGCCCGAAAAAACGUCGCUCAAUCGUGCAAAAGCGUUUAGCAAGACCAACGUCGAUAAAUUUUGCAAAAAUUGCGAUACUGAUUUGGACGACGAAGAAAGUGAUGAAUAAUUUGAAAAAAGUGCCAUUUUCUAUUGUCA